UCCAAAAUUGAGGAAAGAGUUCUCACAGCUUCUUCUCUAAGUUGAUAGAUUUUUGCCCACUUCACAUGGUUUCUGAUGAAAAAAAGAUGAUGGAAGGUUCUUUUUUUCAUACCAGAAGAAGAUAAUGUGCUAUCAAAUCCACUGUCUGAAGACCCACCUGGAAACUUAUUGAGGAACCGCCAUGGCUUAUGCUAAUUCAAGAUCAGUAAGAUUUCAAGAUGAUCUUGAACUUACAAAAAUCACACCCAGAGGAAAUAAAGUUGUUGAUCUCGAAUACAAGAUUGAUGGGACACAUAUACCUGAACCAAGCUCUAAGAAAGCUGAUUGGGAAGUACCUGAGAAGACAAGGAGGUCUUUCAGAUCUAAAGUACUGCCCAGAGUCUUUUCUGAGGACCAUGAGAGAGUAAAGAAGAAGAUAUUGGAUCCUCAAGGACCAGUGAUACGCAGAUGGAAUAAAAUUUUUGUGGGAGCAUGUUUAAUUUCUCUUUUCAUUGACCCUCUGUUCGCUUAUUUACCAGAGGUUGAGUCGAUUGAACUGUGCGUAGCUAUAGGGAUGCCACUCAAAGUAGCACUCACUAUUGUACGAUCAAUAGCAGAUUUAUUUUACUUGGUAAAUAUUUUUGUUCGAUUCCGAACAGCAUAUGUAGCUCCUUCCUUGCGUGUAUUUGGGAGAGGGGAGCUUGUUAUAGACCCUUCAAAGAUUGCCUUGAGGUACUUAGCCAAGAGCUUCUGGAUUGAUCUUGUGGUUGCACUACCACUUCCACAGGUGUUAAUUUGGGCGAUAAUCCCCAAUCUAAAUGGUCCAGCAAUACUACCCGCGAUCAUGAAUUCACUUCGCUUCAUCAUUAUCUUCCAAUACCUCCCAAGGCUAAUUCUAGUAUUUAAAUUAUCAUCUCAAGUUGCAAAGUCCGCUGGGGUAGUGACAAAUACGCCAUGGGCAGGAGCUGCUUAUAACCUGAUGCUCUUCGUAUUGGCAGGCCAUGUAUUAGGAGCCUGCUUCUACCUUUUACAAAUUGAGCGACAAGAGUCAUGUUGGAAGCAGGUCUGCAGACUUGAGAUGCCAUCUUGUCAAUAUAGUUUCUUUGACUGCCAUGAGAGGGACAAUCCUAGUAGGGUCAAUUGGUUCAAUUCCAGCAAUGUCACAAAUCUAUGUACUCCAACAUCAAGUGCAACCCAAGGCUUCAUUGAGUUUGGUAUAUAUGGUCAUGCAGUUAACCUUACAGUUGCCAACUCAACAUUCACUGCAAAAUACUUAUACUGUCAGUGGUGGGGUUUGAUGAACUUGAGUUCUUUAGGACAGAAUCUCACAUUAAGCACUUACGUUGGAGAAUUAAUUUUUGCAAUGACCGUUCCAAUUAUUGGGAUGAUUCUUUUCGCAUUGGUCAUCGGGAAUAUGCAAACAUACCUCCAAUCAAACUCAGCCCGAUUGGAAGAGUGGAGGAACAAGGCAAGUGAUGCAGAGCAAUGGAUGCGUCACAGGCAGCUACCACAAGAGUUGAGGCAGAGCGUUCGAAGAUAUGGCCAAUACAGGUGGAUUGCAACACAAGGAGUCGAUGAAGAAACCCUUCUCAAAGGUCUCCCAUUUGACUUUAGAAGAGACAUUAAGCGACAUCUCUGCAUAGAACUUGUUCGACAAGUUCCACUGUUUGAUCAACUGGAUGAGCGGAUGUUGGAUGCUAUAUGUGAUAGACUGAAGCCUGCUCUACGCACACAAGGUGCUUGCCUAGUGCGGGAGGGUGACCUUGUCAAUGAGAUGCUCUUCAUCAUCCGAGGUCACCUAGACUCUUACACUACUGAUGGUGGGCGCACUGGAUUCUUCAAUUCAUGCCGCAUUGGCCCCGGUGAUUUUUGUGGUGAGGAACUACUGACAUGGGCAUUGGAUCCACGUCCUAGUGUCAUCCUUCCAUCAUCCACACGGACAGUUAAGGCAAUUUCUGAGGUUGAGACAUUUGUACUCAGUGCUGAUGACUUAAAGUUUGUAGCUUCACAAUAUCGAAGGCUCCAUAGCCAGCAACUUAGACACACAUUCAGGUUCUACUCACCACAAUGGCGCACUUGGGCUGCAUGUUACAUACAAGCAGCAUGGAGGAGGUUUAAGAGACGGAAGGAAAUGGGUGACGGCAUGGCAAACUCACCUGAGCAUGAGCCAGCAGUUGAACAAAUAGAUAUGUCCCUGCUACAACCAGGCAUGAGUUUAGUUACUAAGUUUGCGUCAAGGCUAGCAGCGAGCACCAGGAGAGGUGGACGCAAUCGCAGUUCUGUUGUUAUUAGCUCAUAUCAAAAACCAACAGAUCCUGAUUUUACAGUAAAGGAAGAAUGAAAUUGUUUGGUUGUUAAACAGUAGAUAUUUGUGUAUGUACCUACCUCUAGGAAUACUGUUCUUUUCUUUUUUGGGUGAAACUCUAGGCAUACCAAGUCUGUUUCAAUGGUGUGAUUCAUGUGCAUACUUAAUACUCACCUUUCUGUUAAUUUU